AUGUUUUCUCGCUAUGCUUUCCGCUGCGCUCAACCCUUGAGACAGAGCGCCCGCCAAUACUCUGCCGAAGCACCCAAGAGCAAGUCCCUUGCUCCUGUUUACCUGACUGUUGGUUUGGCAGGUCUUGGUGCUGGACUGUACCGCUACCAGUCCAGCGCUGCCACUGCAGAGGCUCCUAAGGAGCGAACCAAGGUUUUCACAGGCGGCGACCAAGGAUGGGUUGGCCUCAAGCUGUCUGACGUUGAAGUUCUGAGCCACAACACCAAGAGACUACGUUUCGAAUUCGAGGACAAGGAAUCUGUCUCCGGUCUUCAAGUCGCCUCUGCUCUCUUGACCAAGUUUACCCCUGCUGGUGAGAAGCCAGUUAUUCGCCCUUACACACCCACUAGCGAUGAUGACCAGCCCGGCUACCUGGAGCUUGUUGUCAAGCAAUACCCCAACGGCCCGAUGUCUGAACACAUCCACAGCUUGAACGUCGACCAGCGCCUGGAAUUCAAGGGACCUCUUCCCAAGUACCCUUGGGAAACUAACAAGCACAACCACAUCUGCUUGGUCGCUGGUGGAACCGGAAUUACCCCCAUGUACCAGCUGGCUCGUGAGAUCUUCAAGAACCCCGAUGACAAGACCAAGGUCACCCUGGUCUUUGGAAACGUCAAGGAGGAGGACAUUCUUCUGAAGAAGGAGUUCCAGGACUUGGAGAACACCUACCCCCAGCGACUCCGCGCCUUCUAUGUCCUUGACAACCCCCCUGAGGGCUGGACUGGCGGCAAGGGCUACAUCAACAAGGAGCUUCUGAAGACCGUUCUUCCCGAGCCCAAGGAGGACAACAUCAAGAUCUUCGUUUGUGGCCCCCCUGGAAUGUACAAGGCCAUUAGCGGCGCCAAGGUCAGCCCCAAGGACCAGGGCGAACUCUCGGGUAUCCUGCAGGAGCUGGGAUACAGCAAGGACCAGGUCUACAAGUUCUAA